CGACCAAAGGAAGCAGCCCGCGCGCAGAAACAACAACACCGCGCAGCGCACACCAUGCGUCCAGUUCGCCACCUCCGCCUCGCGGUGGCCGCGCUCCUCGCCGCCGCCCUCCUGCUCCUCGUCGCCAUGGCGCAGGAGGAGACCGAGCACGAGGAGGAGUUCAGCUACGUCCACGGCGACGAGCACGGGCCGGAGCACUGGGGCGAGAUCAAGGCGGAGUGGGCGGCGUGCGGCGCGGGGCGGAUGCAGUCGCCCAUCGACCUCCAUCACGAGCGCGUCUCGCUGGUGCGCGGUCUCGGCUACCUCGACCACUCCUACCGCCCUGCCCAGGCCUCCAUCGUCAACCGCGGCCACGACAUCAUGGUGAGGUUCGAGGGCGACGCCGGGAGCCUGGUGAUCAAUGGCACGGCGUACCACCUGAAGCAGCUGCACUGGCACUCCCCCACCGAGCACACCGUCGACGGCCGCCGGUACGACCUGGAGCUGCACCUGGUGCACGAGAGCGCCGAGAAGAAGGCCGCCGUCAUCGCCAUCCUCUACGAGAUCGGCCGCGGCCACGACCCGCUUCUUCACCAGAUGGAGCCCUUCAUCCGGCAGAUCGCCGACAAGCGGGACCGGGAGGAGCGCGUCAGUGUGGUGGACCCCCGCGCCGUGCGCGGCAGGGCCAGCGUGUACUACCGCUACAUGGGCUCCCUCACCGUGCCGCCCUGCACCGAGGGGGUCAUCUGGACCAUCGUCAAGAGGGUUCACACCGUGUCCAAGUACCAAUUGGAGCUUCUCAGGGAAGCCGUGCACGACGACAUGGAGAAGAACGCGAGGCCACUUCAGGAGGUGAACAGCAGAGACGUCAGCCUCUUCCGGCCUAGCCCCAGCCGUAAACACCACUAGCUCCCAUUUCCGGCUUCAUCCUUCUAAUGAUGAUGUGUGGGCUGACGUGGAGACGCUAGUAGUAUAGUUCAUAGUAGUGUACGUACAUGGGACGCAAUUCAUUCGUUGGGUGAUUCAGACUGGACGAGAUUCAUGGGAGAUUAUUCCACAUUUCGAUAGCUUAAGGUUUGAUUAUGAUUAUUUGUUUGUAAUUCUUUCUAUUUCUGUGCCUUUGUUAUAUGAAUAAACGAAAACAUUACCUCAGGACUUCAGGUCCACGUUCAUAAAAAAGUACAUGUCCAU